AUGGCAGACAACGGAGCGCCUCCAGAAGAGCCCCCGCAGUCUGAGCACUUGAAUAUAAAAGUCACCGACAGCAACAACGAGGUGUUCUUCAAGAUCAAGCGCACAACGCCACUCAAGAAGCUGAUGGAUGCCUUCUGUGAGCGUCAAGGCAAGAGCCCGCAGAGUGUCCGCUUCCUCUUCGACGGCCAGCGAGUCAACCCCACGGACAACCCCGAUACUCUCGACAUGGCGGACGGCGACACCCUCGAGGUGCACCAGGAGCAGAUCGGAGGCAACGCUUAA